AUGCUCACGGACGCGCGCCUGUCGCAGAGGGCCGCCGGCCGCGCCGAGAUCGACGAGGGCGUGAUGGACGUGGCGGGGCCCGUCGACCAGGUCCUCGCCGCGCGCCGGAAGGCCGAGACUCUGGACGCGCGGCUCGCUGAAGUGGCGUCCCUGCCGGCCCCCCAGCUCAGCGACGCCGAGUACGGGCGUAUCGAGGAGAUCCGCGAGCAGCUCGGGGAGCUCAUCGACGCGCUCGAGGCGCUCAGGCAGACGCAGGGCGACGACGACGGCGGACAGGACCUCAUGCUGACGGAGAUCGACCGUUGCCGCGCCGGUCUGACUCGCUCGGUGGACGCAGCUGCCGCGGCCGCAACCCCGGCCACGCGCUCGGUGCUGCGCGCGGCCGUCAGCUUCCUGCGCCCCGACGACGAGCCCGGCACGCCGCUCACGGGCUCCGUCGCCGGCAGCACCCCGCGCACGUCCGGCGCGCGGCGCACGUCAACGCCACGCUCCACCCUCACCGCGACAUCGCACCCCGCGGGGGAGCCAGCGUCGCCGUACCGCGCCAUGCACGAGGCCGAGAUACGGCCGUCGCGACUGUCGAUCGAGGCCGCCGGACUGACCAUCUGGGAGACCCCGGAGGCGUCUGAGAGGGGGGCUGACGCGGGGGCGGCGGGGACGCAGGCGAGGGGGAGUGCCGGGUCGGUGGGGAGCAGCGGGCUGGCGCGGUCGCCGUACUCGCCCGUGCGCGGGCGCCGCGGCCUCGGGCCGACCCCGAAGGGCAUGAAACCUGCGCGCCGCGGAGAGGGGGGAGUGUGGGCCAAGCUGGGGGGUGUCCGGCGGUCCGGGCGCUCGCCGCUCGCCGCGACCUCGCGGCACAACGUGCAGCCGAGGCGCCCGGGGCAGGCCGCGGACGCGCAGCCCGCGAAGAUGCCGGCGCCGGAGCCUGUUGCCGCAUCGCCAAAGCGGCCGCCGGCGCGCCGGAGCCUCAAGGGCUUCCUCGGACGGCCGCUGGAGCGCAACCCGCCGCACGUGCUGGCCACCGAGUCGAUGGACCCGUACAGCAUGGACGCGUUCCGCACGCCGAAGGAGCGCCGCGCGCCGCCGGUCGUGCGCGCGGACCCCGGUCACGUACACCCCCCCACACCACCCCCCGCGGAGCCCACCCCGGCGCCCCGCGCCCCGGCGCCGCCCAAGGUCGUCCCCAAGCCCGUCCCCACGGACCAGGAGUCCGCGACCUACGAGUCCUCCCUGCCGACCCUCCACCUCGCCGCCGACCUGACCUGCGACGACGCCCCGCGCCGCCGCCGCGGGCCCUUCGCGGCGAUCCGCGGGCUCAUCCGCUUCACGCUCGGCACGGCCGCGCUCGUCGGCCUCGGCGCCGUCAGCGCCAUGGCCGUCACCGUCGCCGUGAACGGCGUGCCGGAGGAUCCGGUGCCGAAGGCGAAGGAGGCGUGGGACGCCACGCGGCAGCGGUGCGCGGAGGCGGCCGGCGUCGUCGCGAGCACGGUGCGCGCCGGCGCGGGCAAGCUGCGGCAGCGCGUGGGGCGCGGCCGCGUCGUGGAGCCGUCGCCAGCGCCGCAGGUGGUGGUCGUGGCGCCGCGCGAGGGGCCCGCUGCGCCGCCGGCGCCGCUGGAGAGGAGCGUGAACCGGCCGGCGCCGUCGAUUUGGAUCGGGCGCGGGUGA